AUGUCAACCAUAGGGUAUUACCCACUCUUCUGCACUCUUCCGCAGUUUCCGGUGGAGCUGAACAGCAAGCUCAUCACCGAGACCAAGGACGUUGACGGUGAAGCCCAGAAUUGCUUGGUUCUUGUGCUCUCAUCAGACCAGCAGGAGUUCCAUCGAGGCUUGACACCAUUUUCAGAGCCAGCAGCCUCAGAAUUCGCUGGCGCAGAUAUACAGCAUAUUGGAAAUCUCUCGACGCAGCUCUUCGAGCAUUUCCCCUUCGACAAUCGGAUGGACAAAGUCUACGAGGACAUAUUCGUAAUUGUCGACGAGCGAACUCUACAAGACAACACCGUCCGGGUCGUUCAGAAUGAUGUUGGGUUUGUUUAUAAUGAAGACAGAGACAUAAUAUCAGAAGAAGUUGUGGGACGGCUGGAGACUGUGAGAUGCGAGAUCUCGACCUUGGGAUGGCUUUUGGCGUUGCUGGAGGAGGACGGGAUGAUUCAGGUGAAAAUCAAUCAAGAAGUCGUGUUGGGAGAUGAUGAUGUUGUGGAUUUGUGA